AUGUCGGACAUACUCGAAGCAAUCAAAGACAUUCUCAUACCUCGGCGGCGCUCCCAAGCGACCGCCGAGACAUACGACGCGCAGAGGCGAGGCCCCUUUGCGGACCCGAACUUGACCAGCCAAGACACGCAGCAAGUCCGUGCCGCGCAAGCAACGGGGAACCAGACCGCAGAGAGACCGCAAGCACAGUCAAGAAGGGGCACUCGCACCAGUAGCGUCGACUCGACGUCCGAGUAUUCGCAGCCGAGUUAUCCUGAAGUGGGAGAGUAUGCGGGGACAACUACAAAGCCUGUACACAAGGAGGGAGGGAAGUAUGGAUUAUCGUGA